AUGGCCAUUCGUCUGGGAUUCGUCGGACUCUCCUCUCAAGGUUGGGCGUCAUCGAUGCUCGCGCCGCCGCUCCUGCAGGCACCGCUGAAGUCUACAUACACGCUCGCGGCCGUCUCGACCACCAAUGCCAACUCUGCUGCUGCGAGCGCAGAGAAGUACUCCGAAUUGGCGAAACACCCUGUGAAGCCAUAUCAUGGGUCGACCGCUACGAUCGCGGCGGAUCCUGAGCUCGACUUCAUCGCCGUGGCGGUCAAGGCACCGGAACACAAGACGGCAGUCACGCCCAUCAUCGAGGCGGGGAAGAAUUUCUUCAUCGAAUGGCCCGCGGGCAAGAAUCUGCAGGAAACUACGGAGAUGGCGGAGGCAGCGAGGAGGAAGGGUCUGAGGACUCUGGUCGGCACGCAAUGCAGGCAGAGCCCCACGGUUCAGAAGAUCAAGGAAAUUGCAGAAUCCGGACAAAUAGGACGCAUCCUGUCUUCGAGCAUUAUUGCACGCUCACCGAACCCUCCGCCGUACAUCUGGGGCCCCAAGAUCUCCGAGGGCACGACAUUCACCGCGGACGCAGAGCAAGACACGACGCUCUUGGACAUCGUAGGAGGCCACUUCCUCGAAGGCUUCACCCACGCGCUCGGGCCCUUCACCUCCGUGACCUCGACCCUCGCAGUCCAGUACCCCACCGCAGAGGUCGUCGACGCAUCUGGCAACCCCACCGGCAAGACAAUCCCGCAGACGGGCGCGAACCAAGUCGCCUUCACGGGCACGCUCGCGAGCGGCGCGGUCGCGAGCAUCCACUGGCGCGGUGGUGUGAGUGCUGAGGGUGGCAAGGCAGGCUCGCCGUUCGUGUGGGUCAUCGACGGCGAGAAGGGGUCGAUCCGGGUCGAGAACGACGUCCCUGCGGGAGCAUACAUCCACAUAUACGAGCCGGACCUGUACUUGAACGAAGAGAAGGUGGAGGUGUCACAGGACGGGCAGACGAACACGGGCAGGGCGUGGGCGGAGUAUGCGAAGGGCGACGCGGGUAACUUCCCCACUCUUGAGGACGCAGUCAAGUUGAAGCAACUGCUUGAGGCGAUCAAGACGAGUGCGCGGGACGGGAAGAGAGUGGAUCUAUAA